GUUUGAGACUUGACGAAAUGGGAGCGACAGACAGUAAAUUAGCAUUUCGUAAGGGCGUAUUUAGGUUAUUUGAAGAGCGGAAUAUUGAUGUUUUUGAUGAAUAUUGGACACAGUUUUGGGAUCUUCCAGAGUCUGCUGAUGAUGUAUUUUCACUUGUGGGUGCGCAAGACGUUCGACGCGUAAGAGAUCAAGCAAGGGAGAAUCUUGAGACAUUAAUACAUAAGAUUACCGAUCAGAUGUUUCAUAUUAUGAGAGCACCUGAUUUUCCAUCUCCUCAAAAUUCUACAUUACAACUUCUCAAUUGUAUUAGACUCCUUACACGUAUUAUGCCAUUUAUUUUUGAAUCAGAAGAAUCAGAUGAAUGGGAGAAUGAAUUCUUCUGGACACCAACAAAAAAAGUCAAAAACUUUAGACCAGAAACCACCGGUGAUCUUCAAAAUACUUCAAAAGAACUGGAUGAUGGAAGCGUUACCAAAAAUUCGGAAAUAAAUGCAGUUCAGGAAUCCUCUACCCAAAAUCGGACUAGCUCUGAAUCUUAUGAAACAAUACCACCCCUUGGAGAACGCCUUUUGUCCGCGCUAAUCGACCUAUUAUUUUUGACAGGUUUUACAUUACCAAUAAAUCUUGCGAGUGAAUCUUCUCGCGUCGUUUAUGUUAAUUGGGAAACUGGUGUUGGAUCUACUGUACCAAUCGGAUCGUCAAAAGAAAAUGAUUCUAAUAAAACAGAAGCAUUAAGGCUCCUUCUCGCACUUGUUUCAAAGUCAAUGUACAUGCCAGGAGCAACCUUUAUUUCAAAAGAAAAUAAGUGGAUCAAAUUUUUGGUUCUUAAGUUGGAUCGAAAGGUCGUUCUUGCAUUACUUUGUAGUUUGCUUAAUACUACUGUGAAAUAUAAUCCUGCUGGCUGGGGAGUACCUUACAACCAUAUGGUUUUUGCGGAUCCACGGGAGAUGCUUGUGACUCUCUGUUUACAGGUUUUGUUAGUCUUAUUAGACUAUCGUUCCCCUUCAAAUAGAGUAGAUACUGCCUCGACUGGCACUAAUGACCCAGGAGAACAUAAUAGAUUGGCACCUGAUAGUGCAAUCGAAAACAAUGAAGAACCUACUUCGCCGAAAAAUGAUUCAUUAAGAGAAACUGACGCAACUCAAGAGGUGAAUAAUGGGGCUACAAAUAUGAAUACUACUUCCCAAAAAUCACAUUUGCCCCCAAAUGUGGACAAUGCGUUUAGAUAUUAUGCCUCAAAAUUACAUCGGUCUCAAGAUUUCCAGUUUCUUAUGGAUGGAAUAUAUCGUAUUCUGAGUAACCCGAUGCAGGCGAAUAACACAUAUUUACCGGGAUCCACUAAGCAAAUCCGAUGCCACCAGGAAAUGUUAAUGCUUUUAUGGAAAUUUUUGGAGAUUAAUAAAACUGAUAGAGUUUUGGAUGUUUUAAUUGUUUUGCUGUAUUAUUCUAUGGAAAAUAAGCAUGAUCAAGCACAAAUUGGAUUUGUGCGCAUGUGUGCCUUUAUUCUGCAAACCCUAUCGGCAGAUCGUAACUUUGGCAUGAAAUUGAACAAGCAAUUUGAAGGUCACGGAUCACUUCCUUCGACUGUUCGGAUUUCUGCAUUUAAUGCCGGCACUUAUGCUGAUUAUAUGAUUAUUUCAAUAUAUGCUCUUAUAGCAACAACACGUGGAACAUUACAUCCACUUUAUCCUGCAUUUGUAUUGACAAUCACAAAUAUAUCCCCAUACUUGAAGAAUUUGUCUGUUACCUCAUCAGUAAAAUUAGUACAACUUUUUUCAUCAUUUUCAUCACCGGGGUUUUUGUUGGCUGAUGAAGGAAAUCAUCGGUUGGUGGGAUAUAUGUUGGAAGCUUUAAAUAAUAUUAUUCAAUAUCAAUUUUCUGACAACCCACACGUUGUAUACGCAAUUGUUUGUAACCCGAAGAAGUUUGAAGAAAUGUUCGACUUUACACUUUCAAAAGGUUUAGUUGAAAUUAAAAGAUUACAAUCUAUUAAAGAACAACGUAAAAAACAGGCGCACAAUACAUCUAUGAAUAAAUCUGAAACAUCAUUAGAUAGAAAAAGUAUGCAUGAUGAGCCAGCUUCGCAACCACAGAUAUCAGAUACAGAGAGUAUGAUCAGUAAUAAAAAAGAUGAUGAACAUGAGGCAGAAUUAAAUGAAAAAGCAGAAUUGUUAAGUGUAACAUCUGCGGAUGAUCGUGGCGAGUCAAUGCACUUGUCGGAAAAGGCACGGGGUAAAUUGCCGGAGGGUGUCACAGCAACAAGUAGGCAACAUAAUAAUGUGGACAAUGCUCAAAACGAUAAUGUUAAUAGCAACAACGUUACCGUAACGCCCUUUGCUGUUGGAAAAUCUGGUUUUAUUCCAACUGAAGAUUGG